AUGAUUGAUGAAGAGAAAAAGAUUAAAAUCGAAAUAAAUAAUAUUAACACCAUAAUUUUAGAUAUAUUAUGUAUAGAAGCCAUACGUAAAAUAAAAUUCAUCUUACACAUCCUAAAUGAACUUUUAAAAAAAAAAAAAAAUAUAUUACAUGUAUAUAUAACUAAUAAAAUUGAUCAUUUAUCAACACACAAGAAACAACGACAAAUAUUUCAGUCCUUACAAAAUAAAAUUGAAUUAUGUGAAAAUGAAUCUCAAUAUAAUUUAAUACAAAAAGAAAUAGAUGAAUAUAUUAAUUCUUUAAGUGAAACCAAUGAAAUUUUAUGUCAGAAUUCUCCGACCGACAGGAACAUAAAAGAGAACCGAAAUAAAAUAAUUGAGGACGGUAGUCUUCUUUUAAAUAUUUUUAGAAAAAUGAAAAAGAAACAAUUUUCUUCCAUACUUAAUGAGUUGGAAAAAUUUAAAGAUGAACAAAAUUUACUUAUCAACCUUAAUCAAAAUGUUUAUCAUAAAAAACAAAUCAUCAAUAUUUUAAAGGAGGAAAUAAAAGAACAAAUGGAAAAUACAAAGAGGAAAAGAAUAAAUAUAGAAAACAAAAUAAAAGAAAUAGAAAAAAGAAAGAAAAUAUUUUUUGUGAAAUUCAUGCUUUAUUAUAUAUAUAAAAAAGAAUAUGUUCAUGCGAGUGUUGCACAUUAUAAUAGAAAUAUGGACUUUAAAGAAAAUGCUGUCACUAAAUCAAAUGAAAAUAUGGAAACUGAGUUAAAGGCAUAUGAUGACAUUAAUGAUUUUAUUAAAUCCUUUCUAAAUAAAAGAAAUGACAACUUACAAAAUAUUCAUGACGAGUUAAUUGAAUAUUAUGAGAAAGAAAAAGACCAUAAAAAUGCACAGCUAGAUAAAAUAAAAAAAGAGAUAGAAUAUUCCAGGGAAAUUAUUGAAUUAAAGAAAAAAAAAAUCAUUAAAUAUGAUGAAAUAAAUAAAGAAAGAGAAAAAGUGGAAAAAAUAAAAAUGAAAAAAGAAAUUGAAAAUAAAGAAUUUCUUAAAAAAUAUAAUGAGUGUAUUUUAUUUUUACAAGAUGUUGGAAGAAAUAAAAUAAAGGCAUAUGAUGAAAAGAUGAAAAGAAAAAAAAAGACGAAAAAAAAGAAAAAAUGA